AAACAGAAAAAUCUUUCCUACUCGCCUGCGCCUUGCGCAGGACGUCAUAUUCGUACGCUCGCAAACACUAUAGAGAGUAGAUCCGAUGAUUCCGAAGAUGAAUUUCCAUGUAACACAAGAAGGAGAUUUGUUCCAGACACAGCCAGGCUAAAGGAAAAUGAUAUAGAUUAUAUCAUCAAACAGGCCUCUGGGAUAGCGCAUAGUUCUGAUCAACAGAAUGUAUCCAUCACACCUGUGAUACAAAGGAGAGUCCUUAGGCCGGAUGGUUUUAGCACAAAUGAAAAAUGUAGAUUAAGAAAUAGUCUUUUACCAAAUAAACCAUGUACGAUACAGAAUUAUGAUACUAAAGUAUUCUGUGGUUUAUAUUCUAAGGAUGGGAGGUUCUUCAUCACUGCCACUCAGGAUAAACAGUUGCAUGUAUAUCGCGCACAUGGUGACAGAUUUGACCUAUAUAAGGAAAUCCAGGCACGCGAUGUUGGUUGGAGUAUUCUGGAUAUAGCGUUUUCUCCGGAUGGUAGAUAUAUCGCAUACUCGAGCUGGUCCGAAAGUCUUUAUCAAUGCCCUCUUUUUGGGCGCAGAGAUGAUGCACUAGAAAAGUUACAAUUAAGACCGACAGAACGACGAUUCACCGUGUUUUCGAUAGCGUUUUCACAUGAUGGCAAAGAGAUCAUCGGUGGCGCUAAUGAUGAAUGCCUUUACGUAUAUGAUCGCGAACUUCAUCGGCAAGUUUUGCGGUUUCGAGGUCACGACAAGGAUGUAAAUACUGUAGCCUUUGCUGAUGACACUUCACAAAUCUUCUACACUGGUAGCGACGACGGGUUAUGUAAGAUAUGGGAUAGGAGAACGAUAAAUGAAGCUAAUCCCUGUGCGGCUGGAGUGUUGGCCGGCCAUAGCAAUGGAAUCACAUAUAUUGAUUCACGCGGCGAUCAACGAUAUUUAAUAUCCAAUUCUAAAGACCAAAGCAUUAAGUUGUGGGACAUACGCAAAUGCUCCAGUCAUAGAACCGAGCAAAUUGCUAGACAGUUUGUCGAUCGUCAAGACUGGGACUACAGAUGGCAGCGUAUGCCUGAAAUGAUACGAGAACCGCAAAUUUUAGACGGCGACACUAGUGUCAUGACGUAUUACGGUCAUUGCAUCCGUAAAACUCUGAUACGUUGCCGUUUCUCGCCAAAAAUAACAACCGGUCAAAGAUACAUUUGCACGGGAGAUUCGAGGGGUCGGCUCAUCAUAUACGAUCUUCUAACGGGGAAAAUAGUGCUCAAUGUAAGGGGUCAUAGGGGAUGCGUCCGUGAUGUUAGCUGGCAUCCUUAUAAUCACAUUAUCCUUACCUCAUCUUGGGAUGGAAAAAUAGCUAAAUGGAGCUACAGGGAUGAUACGAAUGGUAAUGUGGACCCAGAAGAAGAACUGGUCACUAAUCCCCCUAUACUAUUACGGCGAAGUGAAAGAAUAGCUGGACAAAGAAGAGUAUGCUAAUAUUACACGAAUUAGCAUGCUCUUCUUUGUCUAGUAAAAAUAAAUUUGUUUCGAAAGAUAAGGAGAAUAGAGGAAACGGCUGUCGAUAACAGAUUUCACUGAAAUUCUGUUUUUGACUUUUUGUCGAGAAUACAAGUACUCGAUAUACAAGACUGAAGAACAUGUAUUCUCCCGUCCAUGUUUGCAUAUUUUGCAAAAGAAUAAUUCUUGCUAUAAUCGCUUUGCGUCAUUGAUAUAAAUUGAACAAAAACAUCAUUACUUAAUAUGUUGUGAUGGCACGAUCUAUUUACGCUACGGCAUAUCUCUAUUUCUCCUCUCCUUUUCACAUCGUUUACAAAUGUUUUAUAUUGCAAAGAGGUGAUGUAUCUUUAUUAAGUAUUUUUAUUAAAUUACUGAUUAAGAACAUAUUCUUAACGAGUAAUCCCAUUUUUAUGAAAUAUUUGAUGAAUUCCAUUAAGAGAUUUUUUUUUAUAAUAUUAAUCUUAUUUCUGGAUUAUGAUUUUUACAUUUGGAUUGUUUGGAUAUAGCACUUGAACUAUAAGUAAACUAAAAUUAUUUCUAAAAUGUUUUUCUCUUUUUGAAUAUAUCUAUAAAAUUCUAUUUAAAAAUUCGGAUUACUUCAGAUAACUUUUUGUUUUUAAUUAUGUAGAUUAGCUUAUAUUAUCUUAUUAUUAUCUCAUUAAUAGAAAGGUAUUUGGGAUCGAUUGUGUAGUUUUUUUGCCGAGAUGAGAAAUUAUAAAAACACAAAUGAAAAAAAAUAAAGAAAAACAAUUUUUAGCAUUAAAUCUGAUGAUUAGAGAGCUGCUUAAUAUCAGUUAUACAUAAAGACCCAGGUUUCUGCUCACAUAAGAAUAAAAAAAGGAAUGUUUUUUUUUUGUUGAAAAAAAACAAAUGAUUUCUUUAAUAAUAUAAUAGUAUAUAAUUAGUAGUAAUUUUAUUGUUUCAUAUUGUAUAAAAAGAUAUUUGUUUGCGAUUGUAAUAUGCGAUAUCACUGAUAAAAGUACAAAUCUCUAUGUUUUCAAUAUUAAAUGGCCUAAUUUACACCGAUAUACUUUAAUACGUAUUAAAUACUAUACCGACCAAUCACAACCAUUCUAUUCUUUAGAGAAAUGGCUAUGAUUGGUGUAUACUUAAUAUGUAUUAAAGUUUAUCGGUAUAAAUUAGGCCAAUGUGACUUUCGCACAAUAUCCCAACUUCGAUUAAAAUUAAAUAAUUUUGCAUUAUUUUUGAAUGAUAAAGAAUGAUGUAUACAAUUGCAAAGCAAUCUCGUUUUGUAUUAUGCAAUACUUAUUUUAAGACUUUGAAGUGCGUGUAAGCACGUACAUACAUAGAAGCGAUGCAAUUAUUUUACUGCAGCGUCAAAUAAAACAUAUUAAUUUGUAUGUAUAUGUACAUGUGAAGUAAAAUACAUCAGAGAUUGAAUACACAGUUAGUUUAAAAUUAAUAAAAUUACUGCGUAACAAGAGAAGAAAUCGCUUGUGUAUGGAAUUUUAAAGAUAAUUGUUUUAACUUUAUUGUUUCAAGAAAUAAGAGCAUUUCAUAAUUCCGAACUGAUUGUUAAGCUUUCGUAAUUAAUGUACAUUCUUAUCUCAGAAAAAUGUAACAUAUUGUUGAUUUAAUAUAAUACUGAUUAUUA